AUGAUCCGUACAGAGAUAACGGGGGCCGAGAUCGCAGAGGAAAUGGAGAAGGAGAGGAGGCUGUUUCAGUUACAGAUGUGUGAGUAUCUUAUUAAAGUUAAUGAAAUCAAGACAAAGAAGGGUGUGGAUCUGCUACAGAACCUUAUCAAGUAUUACCACGCGCAGUGCAAUUUUUUUUCAGGAUGGCUUGAAAACUGCAGACAAAAUGAAGCAGUAUAUUGAGAAACUGGCUGCAGAUUUAUAUAACAUAAAACAAACACAAGAUGAAGAGAAGAAGCAGCUCACUGCCCUGCGGGACCUCAUCAAGUCUUCUCUUCAGCUGGAUCAGAAAGAG